UGAAAGCGAGGCGAUUGCUCCAAAUAUGGACCACUCGCGCGAUCAAAGUGUGCGGCCAUCGAUGCUGGAGCGGGUGUCAUCCAGCAACCACUCGCGCUUCCCGCUGGCCGCGGACUUCUUCCCCACUGUGUCAUGCUCGCCCGAACAGCACACGUUCCUCAAGGAACAGGCCGACCAAUUAUCCUCGGAGGCUACACAGAAGGCCAAAUGGGCCAUGAGCUACGAGGAUGGCACCAACGGCUGGAAACUCUCCAAUUCACAGCGCCACUUCCGAGACACGGGCAUCCGCACGUACUGCCGACGACGCGACGCCCGUGACCGCAGUGGCCAUCGACAACUCGAGUUCCGAUGCAUGGGCAAGGUGCAAAUGUCGGUCGAGCACUGCCUCAACGCUCUCUACUCGGACAACACCAUGGACUUUCGCAGCAACUCAACGUUCCUGGUUGAGAACGCACUGGACGCCGUCGUUCUCAACGCGCUGGAGACCAAGACUGACGACAAACCGCAUCAUUAUCUCGGUCUCAACUGGAUGGCAAGUCGCUCGCCUGGAUUGCUCGCUAAGAACCGAGAUCUCUGCUACCUCAGGAGUAUGGGUACAGUAGUCGAUAGUAACAAGGCCAAGAUCGGCUACUUGGUCACCCAAUCCGUCGAUCUCGAGGAGUGCGCGUCGUUGGAAAACUCGCUUGGCCUCUUGCGUGGCAAAAUGUCGGCCGUGUUGUUAUUUAAGGAGAACGCAGACUCUCGUUCAGCCAACGUGUUGUGGCAAGGAUCGAUGGGCUUGAGUGGCCACUCGUCCAGUAAACUUGUAAACUUUAUUCACGAGACCUUUACGUCUGUCGUUACCAACCUCAACAAGGUGGAGGAAGCCAAGUAUAUGGCUCAACAAGUGGAAGGCCACAAGUUCCAACGCAUGAUCGCCGGUGAGCGCAAAUAUUGCAACGUUUGCAAUAAGAAAUUUUCUCUUGUUCGACCACGUUCUCAAUGUAGCGCUUGUGGUGAGAAUAUGUGCAAGGACUGCGAAGUAUCAAGUCGAGCGAAAGCUUUCAACAGUGGCAGCUUCGACGUGCCGACACCGACGUCCAGUCGUCCGGAGUUCGUGUUGUUCUGCCGAACGUGUGUGACUGCUGCUCGUCGUGAUAUGAACAACCAGACAGAGGGAGGACCCGAGCGUCCUCGUCCUUCUAACGUUGGUAAAGCGUCCAACCAGAGUAGCCGUACGAGCACCAGUUCAUUACCAAAGCUCGCUGGCAACUCAAGCGGAGGCCCCAGGAACAAGCGUUCGGACUGUCACCCACUGUAUGUAGGGACAACGAUCCACAUGUCCAGUGCCGGCGAGGUGCCCAUCAGUCCGCUGUCCAUCCGUACGCAACGGGAGAAGCGACGUUCUCGACUGGAAACGGACCCGAUGGAGUCCUACGACGGCUUCGACAACCGCGAAUACGGUGUUCCACUGGAGACGGACGAGUACGACCCGCAGGAACCUAGUCGAGAGAGUUGCAGCAGCUUUAGUAGCUACAGUAGCUACAAGUACGCAGACCGUCGCGGGUCACAAGAAGCCCGCGAUAACGACAUGGCAACCCGGUUACGGGAGAUCUCGCAGCGAGCGCAGGAGGCACUGGAGGUGACCAAACGUAACUCGUGUAUGAUGAGCGACACGAGCAGCGCCCCGCGUUCGUCGGAUCUGUCUGCGUUUAAGGAUUUGGACAAGUCUAUUGCCGAACAGGCGGAUCUACUCAACGUCAUAGGCUUCGUGAGUACCGGUCGCGUGUAUAUGGAAAACAAUGGGCCCGAACAGGGCGGCGUGCGUGUGAGUGAGUCGUCCAGCGUCAUAAGUGAGGACGAGAGGUUCGAAGUGGUCACCUAGCGAUAGCAACAUAACUUUUACCAUAGCGAAAUGCAGUCACAGUUGAGGAGGUA